AUGGUAUCUCUCCUCCUCCGCGCUGUCAUCGCCGCUUUGUUGGUUAGCGUCUUGCCAGCCACCGAUGCCAUUCCCAUGACCACCACGACUACCAGUAGCAGUAGCAGCUCCUCCGGAUCCCAUUACGUCAACGGACAACUUGUCGAUGCGCAUUGCGAGGCAAGCAAAAAUGGCUACAACUCGGGCUGCGGUGAUCCCACAUUUCGCGCGGUUCCGGACAGUAUCACCACAGUCACACCAGGCAACUUUAUGCCGAAUUUCCCCCCUUUUCCCAACAUGAACUUUGGGAAUGGCUUUCCAUUCUUCGGACAAAAUCAGUUCCCCAACUUGAUGAAUGGGUUCCCACCACUAGCCCCCCAAUUCCCCUUCAACAACUUCAACCCGUUCGUCAACUUGAACAACAACUUCGGCGCGUUCCCUGGCUUUGCCGGGUUCCCCAACUUCUAA